AUGCCUCCCAAACAAACAACGCCGCAGACUCAUCAAACACAGCCAAAACAGAUGGAUCCCAGCAUCGCCUUUUCAAAAGCGUACUGGAAGAAGCUCCAGGAGAUGGUGCAUCAGGUAGAUGAGUUGAAAAUGGGCGGGUAUAAGAUGGGGGUGUUGGGGGAGGACGAGCUCAAGAAGCUGAGACGGUGUAGGGACUGUCAUGUCCGGAUUCGAGUUAGGAAGAACAAGGAGAAAAAGGAGGGAGAGAAAGACCGAAACAAGGAUGGAGAGAAAUGUGAAGAUCAAGGAGACGAAAACAAGGACGACGCAGAAAGCGAAUCAGGAGAUGUUGAUCAGAUCGACCAGCUUGCCAAGCUGGAUAUUCAAGACGAGACUUUGGGGGUUUCUGCAAAAGGUGAUGAUAAGCAUAUUCAGGAGGGAGUCCAAGUUACCGUUAGCGAAGUCAAGACACCAAUAGAGACGAAUGGUAAGGACACUACGGAUGAAACGAAAGACGGCAAGAAAGAUGGACAGAAAAAGAAAAAGAAGAAAAAGACCGCGGUGUGUCAGUUUCACACGGGAAGAGUCGUGGACAAGCACUUCACCUGUUGUCGGAAACACGUGUCGGAGUUAGGCUGCGUCGAGCUCGCUAAACACACUGCAAUUGAGUACGCGCCAGGGGAACUAGAGCAAGAAUGGGCGCUAUAUGAAACCCCCACCAAGGCAAAAUCUCCCCGAAAGGCCGUUGCACUGGACUGCGAGAUGGGCGUGAACGAGGCCGGUGAGUCUGAGCUGAUACGGGUCAGUGCGGUGGACUACUUUACUGGGGAAGUGCUGCUGGACUCGCUGGUGUCGCCGUCGGUGCCGAUGCUACACUACAAUACGCGAUACUCCGGGGUAACUCGUGCGAUGAUGUUCAGGGCGGAACGACGGAAACAAUGCAUCGCAGGGCGAGACAGAGCUCGCGAGCAGUUGUGGCGGUAUGUUGGACGGGAGACGAUCGUGGUGAUGCACGGAGGCCAGAACGACAUGCUGUCGUUGCGAUGGAUCCAUGGGCGAGUGAUCGACACGUAUCUGGUGGAGGGAUCGCGGGAACAGCCUCAGCCGGGGCGAUCGCUGAAGCAUCUGACGGAGGUUCAUCUGGGGGAGAAGAUACAGCAGGGGAAGGGGGGACAUGACAGUAUCGAAGAUGCGAUGGCGUGUCGGGGGUUGUGCCAUUGGUACAUGAGGUCUACAUAG